AGGCUGUAUAUCAAAUACCGCUUUGUUAAAUACAUAGUGCACUAUUGUGUAUCUUAAAUAAGCCGUUGUUUGAUAGCUUGAGUAGUUAGCGGGAUGGAAUGUGACCGAAAUUUGGCGCUAAGUAAUUGUCGUAAAGAUGUCGCACCUAUCACCGUUGUGUUCUGGCGGUAGGCUGGAUGGAUGUAAACACGCAAAUUUUAGAAAUGGGCUGAAAACUUAAUAUGUGCAAUAUGUCACAUAUUUUAUUAUAAUAACGUUCAGGUUUUAUGUAUGUUUCAAGUGUAGAAUUGACAAUGGCAUCCUUUAGCCGAGACGAAAUAAACCAUUUGCUGAUGGAGGUGAGCCCUGACAUCCACAUCUGUGGCUUCUGCAAGCAGCAAUACAACAAUUUUGAAGUGUUUCUUGCACACAAGCAGAAUGAAUGUCAGCUUCCCAGCACAGACAUCUCAGACACAAGUACAGGAGCUGCUGAAAUUGUGCAAGAGUUUCCUUUGGAAGACACGUUACAGACCUGUGUGUCUAAGACUGUGAAGAAGACUGUAAAAACCCAGAAACCAGCCUCCAAAAAGCUGAAACCUGCACUCAGUCAGAAGCGACGUAUUUGCACCUUCUCGGGUUGUACAUUCAAAACCCAGUACGGCCAAAAGGAUAUGGAAAGACACAUGCUAACUCAUACUGGUGACAGGCCGUUUGAGUGUGAACUGUGCCACAAGCGCUUUAGUCGGCGGGACAAGCUUAAUCUGCACAGCCGCUCGCACACCGGGGAAAAGCCACACAAGUGCAAGCACUGCCCGUACGCUGCCGCAGACAGCAGCAGCCUGAAGAAGCAUCUGCGUGUGCACUACGACGAGAGGCCCUUCAAGUGUCAGAUCUGCCCAUACGCCAGCCGCAACUCCAGCCAGCUCACUGUGCACCUGCGCUCACACACAGGAGAUGCCCCAUUCCAGUGUGGUGAGUGCGGCGCCAAAUUUAAAAUCAACUCGGACUUGAAGCGUCACACACGUGUGCACUCAGGCGAGAAGCCGUAUGCAUGCGAGCUAUGCGAUUACCGCUGUGCUAUGAAGGCCAACCUGAAGUCGCAUGCCCGCCUGCGCCACGGUGCCUACGCCUGCACAGAAUGUGACUUCCGGUGCACAGCCAAGGCAGCGCUGCGUGCACACUCCCGCCAGCAUGCACCCGCUCGACCGUUACGCUGCACCCGCUGCUCGUACUCCUGCACCAGCAAGGGGGCGCUUAAGAGACACGAGCGUGUGCACUCAGAUGAGCGCCCAUUCACCUGCCACUGCUGCCCCUUUGCCAGCAAGCAACGUGCCAACCUGCUCGUCCACAUAAAAAAGUGCCAUGGUGAGAAAGUUGGAGAGAGACGCAGCAAAGGAGCCAAACAAGGUAAAACAGGAGGGGAGUCACCCAGUCCUGUCGGUUCAAGAUACCGAGUGAGACUCGAAGCAUCGCGCGCAUACCGCUGCAACCUGUGUGAUGAAUCAUUUGUGAGAGAAGAUUCGUUACGAAGUCACCAGAGGCAACAUAAUAAUACAGAAAAGCAGCUUAGACUCACACAAAGUACACAGAUGCAAAAUAGUACUGCAAAACAAACAGGUAAAGAGUCUGAGCCGAUUUCACUGACUCUCACAAAUGGGUCAGUUCCUUCCUAUGCAAAUACUCAGGUGAAGAUCUUUGUAGCACCUCCUCCAGGUCAGGAGGGAACGUUCAUCCAGGCAGCAGUGGAUGUCCCAUCUUCGAAACCUGGAGCAGUUCUGCUCAAUUCAGAAGGGCAGAAUGUCAUUCUAAACCCAAUAAUACAACAGGUUAGUCUGUUAACCCCAGUACAACACAUGACCCCAGCAGAGGGCAACCUCGAGCACCAGACUGUCUUAUUAACUCACAUCAGUGGCAGUGAGGAAAACCCUCUACUGCAGACAAACCUUUCUUCACACACCCCAAUAGAGACCCAGACCUUUAUCAGUUCCAGUUCAUCUUCAGAAAGCAGCCACGCAUUCAUCACCUCAUGUUCAGACCUCGACAGCCUGCACGCCCUCAUCCAGCAGGGUGGUGCCGAGGUCACUGUGGUCACUGAGGGCCACACCUCCAUCACUACAGCAGCAACAGCAAGCUCCACCUUUGAAUCUCCACUGGAUGUUCAAGGGCCAUCUUGUGAGGAUGACCUGAAGCAGUCAGAUGAGGGGAAUCCAGCACUGGACGAUGGUCUUGUGUCUGAUAUAAACAUUGAGUCGUCUAGUUCCAUUCUUGUACACAAUGUCACUUUGUCAAUGUCAGAGCAUGAUCAACAGGCAUCCAUCUACCAGCUCUCACCCCAUCAGAUCUUCUCUGACUCUAAUCCAUCAGACAAGAUUGAGGACUGAGCCAGCACAUUUACUUUUCAUAAAUUCUUUAAUUUGAUUAUGUUUAACAGAGAUAUUUUUAUAAAAAUUUGUGGCAUGUUGCUUAUCUAGGGCUCUUGUAACUAAUAUAACGGUUGUGGAAUAUAGAAAAUUUUGAACGUUUUUUUUCCCCCCUUCUCAAGAUUAAAAUGGUUUAACCCUAGAUUUGAAGUUUACUCCUCUAAACUGUGUCAGUCCAUAUACUGUAUACACACACUGUUUACUUUAAUCGGACCAUCCCUAGGCCCUUUCAUUCAUGCAGUUAUCGAUCAUG